AACAUUUGCUAUAAUUCUAGUCUUGAAGGAUUCCGACUGAAUGUAACAGUUGUCAAGAAAAAAGCCGUUUCUGAAUGGAUAGAUUGCGUAAUGGAGUGUGCAACUGAGAUAUGUUGUAGAUCUAUCAACUUCAAGAAGAAAUUAACUUCAAAAAAUGAUUCAAAUUGUGAAAUGUUACAUAACGUGGUUUACAAUACAUCUGAGAGAUUACUGGAGAAGAAUUCCUCCUAUGAUUAUGUUUAUCUUCUCAACCCACAAAAGGGUUACAAUGAAAGUUGUUUUAACGAUGAAAAUGAAAGAGUCAAAGACUGCGCUGAUAUCUAUCAUAAAGAAAUAAAACAAAGUGGAAUUUAUAAAAUUAAUCCCGACGGACAGGGAAGUUUCAAAGUGUUUUGUGAUAUGACAACAUCAGGUGGAGGAUGGACUGUAUUUCAACGUCGUCUUGAUGGAAGUGUUGACUUCUACCGAGGAUGGCAAGAUUACAAACAAGGUUUUGGUAACUUGAGCGGGGAAUAUUGGCUUGGACUUGAUAAAAUACACAAGAUGACAAAUAUUUUAGAAAAUGAACUUCGAAUCGACAUGGAAGAUACAUCUGGAAACACCAGAUACGCUCAUUAUGAUUCAUUUAAUGUCAGCAGCGAAAGUGAGAAAUACAAGUUGAAUGUUGGGGGUUAUCAUGGUACAGCAGGAGACUCGUUAUCAUAUCAUAACAAUAUGGAUUUCAGCACCAAGGAUUCUGACAAUGAUAUUGCGAAAAUCAACGUUAACUGUGCGGUGACAUUCAAAGGAGCCUGGUGGUAUCGUGGCUGUCAUUAUUCCAAUUUAAAUGGUUUGUAUCAUUAUGGCAAUCACACAUCGUACGCUGAUGGAAUCAAUUGGCUCCAUUGGAAAGAUCAUUAUUAUUCUCUGAAAUCAACGUCGAUGAAGAUACGACCACGUGAAUUUGGAAAGAAUAAAUAAAGUUGUUGAACGAUAAAGAAGGUUUACGUUUACUUUAUAAAAAGUGCAAUGCACUAACACGGCACUUGUUGGUUUUUAUAAAUAUUUAAAAUCGUGUAAUAAAUGACGUAU